AUGUUUACUUCAAGGAAGAAGAUUCAGAAAGAUAACAAUGCUGAACCGACUGAAUUCGAAGAGUCAGUUGCACAAGCAGUAAUUGAAUUGGAAAGUAACAGUGACCUGAAAAGUGACCUGAAGGAUCUAUAUAUCAACUCAGCAGUUCAAGUUGAUGUGUCUGGAAACCGGAAGGCCGUUGUUAUCCAUAUUCCAUAUAGACUGAGGAAGGCUUAUCGCAAGAUCCAUGUUCGGCUCGUGAGGGAGCUCGAGAAGAAGUUCAGUGGGAAGGAUGUUAUCCUGAUUGCCACACGUAGGAUAUUGAGGCCGCCAAAGAAGGGGUCAGCUGCCCAACGUCCCCGCACUCGUACUCUAACUGCUGUGCACGAGGCAAUGUUGGAGGAUGUUGUUGCGCCUGCUGAGAUUGUUGGCAAGCGCACCAGAUACCGUCUUGAUGGAUCCAAGAUAAUGAAGGUGUUCUUGGAUCCCAAGGAACGAAACAACACUGAAUACAAGCUGGAGAGCUUUUCUGCAGUUUAUCGGAAGCUUUCUGGAAAGGAUGUUGUGUUCGAGUACCCCAUCACUGAUGCAUAG